GAGGACGGGAGGAAGAGCUGGGAUAGAGGAGGAGGAGGAGGAAGUGGGAGCAGGGGGACCGCAUGGUCCAGCCCUCGCUGUGUCCGCAGCCCUCCCGCCCCCGGGGGCAUUGUCCCCCCACCAUGUCGCAGGUGACCGCGGAGGGAGGGGGAGCUCGCCCAGAGUCACUUGGGCAGAGAGAAUCCCCAACCAACACUCUCACAGCUUGCUUUCCCCCAAACCUUGGCUGGAUGGAUGAGCAGGAGGCCGUGAGGAAGAGGAAAAUGCCCCAAGAGCCCCAGGCAGAAAAGGAGCUGAGGCUGGAGACCAGGGAGGACAAGUCCCCACAGCAGAACCUCGUGGAAGAGGCCGUUUUGAGCAGCUCCAUGGCACAGGAAUCCAGUGGGGAGGAAAAGCCCAGGAGGAGGGGCUGCAAACGCAGAUCUGAGGAGGAAAGACCCACCCUGGGCCAGGGAGGCAGCCAGAGCUCAGAGCUGGGGAUCCAUGAGCAGCUUCAUGAUGGGGAGAAGCUCCACAAGUGCUCAGAAUGUGAGAAGAGCUUCAGGUGGAGAUCCUACCUCCUAGCCCACCUUCGUGUGCACACAGGCGAGCGGCCCUAUGAGUGUGGGGAAUGUGGGAAGAGGUACCGGCACGGCUCCCACCUCCUCCACCACCAGCGGGUGCACAUGGGCAUACGGCCCUAUAAGUGUUUGGAAUGUGAGAAGAGCUUCAGCAAGAAUUCCCACCUGCUCUCGCACCAGAAGAUCCACACGGGGGAACACAAACACCCCUACAACUGUGGGGAAUGUGGGAAGAGCUUCAGAGACAGCUCCACCCUCCUCACCCACCUGCGCGUGCACACUGGGGAACGGCCCUACACAUGCUUUGAAUGUGGGAAGAGCUUCAGCGUUCGGUGCAGUCUGACCUCCCACCAGAAGAUCCACACUGGGGAAUGGCCCUACGAGUGUUCUGAGUGUGGGAAAAAGGCUCGGAGCACUUCGGAUCUCCUCAAGCACCAGCGCACACACACAGGGGAGAGGCCCUUCCGCUGCCCCGACUGCGGGAAGGGCUUCACCCGCAACUUCAGCCUCCUCACCCACCGGCGCAUCCACAGCCGGGAGAGUCCCUUCAAGUGUCCCGAGUGUGGGAGGAGCUUCUCCAGGAGCUCUCACUUGACCAAACACCAACAGAGCCACCGGUAAGGGAAGCCCUGUGAGGGCCCUGACUGCAGGAAGAGCUUUGUCUGCUGCUCCAACUCCAUCCCCCAUCAGAAGAUCCCCUUUGGGCAGAGCCCUGGUGACCCACAUUCCCAGUGAUCCAUGUUGGGAAUACAGCUGGCUGGUGCUCUCUGUGCCCUCCUGGAUCCCCAUGGGUACCUGGAUGAAUGCAGGGGCAGGAACAGGAGCAUCCAUCAGGACAGAGACUAACAUCAGGAAUUCAUUGGGAAGAGGAGAUUUGUUGACUUUAAACUCCACAAAGUCUCACCUGCUCUGUCCAGGCAUUUCUUCUGAUAGCAUCAAGCAGCAUUGGAUGAUUUUGGAGCCUCCCAUGGCACAGCACGGCUGCUUUUGGGCUGUCAGCACUGGCCCAGAGCUGUGGAUGGGGCCUGUGGGGGCAGCUGGGGGCAUACUGGUGCUGCUGGGAGCGUCCCAGAUGGGAGCCAAGGGAACUUGGUGAGCAGGGACCACAGGAAGGGGAAGGUGAUAGGAAAUGUGGGUAAGAAGGAGGAAAGCAGGGUGGGAGCCCCAAAAGGAGUGGGAGGGGAGUGGGAUCCCCCAAACCAGGAUCAGGGGUGGGAGCUGGGGAUUCAGGGCACGAUAGGAAAGGUGGGCGAUGUAAUGACGUUAGAGGGUUCCACGGACGGUUUGGGUGGAUACAGACGAGAGAUCUCUGCUGAUUGCUCUUGGAGCAUAAGGUUUAUUUGGGAUGGAGAGAGGCCUUGCCUCGAGCUGCCAGACACAGCACAUGGCCAGGCCUGAAGUGAUGGGUGAGGGGUGAGACAAAGCGGGGAGCAGGGACUCCAGGAGGGGGGAUCCAGGAGGAGGGAGGAAGUUCCAAGAGGGGAGGGGAAGUUCCAAGAGGGCGUCUGGCCCCCCGGAGACCCCUUAUCAGGGGGCUUCAAGGUGGGCUGGAACAGGACCUGGGCCAAUGGGGUGACAGACACUUGAUGUUUCAGGGGAGGGUUACAGGUGUGGGGUGAACCAUACGUUCUGGGGGGUGAGAUGGAACAGUCCCUUUGGCUUUUGGACCCCUCUGUAGGUAAGGGUAUUGUCCAGCCAGUAAGGGGCAUGAUAUUCAUCCUGGCUGUACUAUUGUGGUUCUUCUGCUUGACAAUCAUAUUUAUCUAUCCUUCCCAACAGGGGGAGAAGAGGGAAAAGAGAGGGCUUUGGACUGAAGCUUUUUUGGGACAACCUAAAAUGAGAGGCCAGACAAAAUUAAGGAUAUAAAAAGCAGUUGUAUUUAUUGAAGGGCCUUCAAAUACAUUUCAGGCAGAUGAAGCUCCCCCAGGAGCUACACCCAAGAAUGGAUGACAGGUCACAGGUUUUCAUACUUUUAUUCGUUUGGUCGAUUUGCAUAGUGGGGGUUAAUCUUCCAGUUAUAGGUUCAGGUAAGGAAGUAAUUUACCCCAAGUUUGCUACCCCCCAAAUCACUUUUGUUUACAUUUGUGGGGGCCUGAAACACUGAGGCACCCUUGAUUCCCAGGCCUGGAGAAGAAUUGUUUUGUCUGACCAGAAUGGGAAAGCAGCAGUGAACACUCUAUAUGGAGUUUAGAGUUAUACACUAAAGAAUUGCAGGAUUACAAAUAUAUGAAGAAAUAUAAAAGCUAAAAUUGCUAAGGCAUCAAUGGCAGUUCAAAAGCAUAAAAGGAUUCAUGACUCCUUGCUAAAACAUUUAGAUAGAGAGCAUUUUCAUGGGGGCACUGGCAUUGUGCCAGUGUCAAACCAUGACAAUAAGAGAGACAAAUUUCCUCAAGAUUUGGUUAACCUUCCAAAAACAUUCAGAUGAAGAGCAAAAUCAGAGAGCAAAAUUGGAAUCUCUGCUGAACGGGAAAAGGAACCUUAGCAGACAAAUGCACUUUGGGCUACUUAAGGCUGCAGAGUGGGAGAGUGCAUUGAGAGAGACGCUGGGUACAUGGACAGGGAUGAGGAGCCAGCAGGGUGAGCACAAGGACAUGGACAGCAGGUCAGUGAGGAAGAGUUGGGAAAGUGCAGGAAGAAUUAGCAUGUGAAAGACAGAGGUGAGCUCAGGCUUGGAAACCUCUAGAAGCAAAGAGAGUGAAUAAGCCAGGACAGGAAUCAGUAGGACGAAGAGAAGGAGAAAAAGACAUAAGUGUGGGACAAGGAGCUGGAGAAGUGGCUGUGGAAGAGGAGGGAGAGCCAGGAGAGCAGGCAGUGGAAGGAAGAGAAGAGGCACCUAAGGAAAAGGGAGAGGCUGUGGAAGGGCAGGCAGAGACAGCGUGUGGGCAGCGGCUGCUGGGGAGCAGGAAGAAGUUACAGAAGAGAAAGUGCAGGGAUCCUUAGGGAACCAGGUGUUUUCCUAAGGGUGAAUGAUCCUCAUAACCCCUAGUCCCAACAUGCAGAGGGCUGUCUAUUGUUGAGGGGUUUAAAUCCCGUGGAGAGGGAGAGCAGGCUUUGGGGAAGGCGGUGUUGUUGCUGUGAAUGAUCAGGAGAAGGAAAAGAAGCUGCAGGGCUGCAAGCAGAGGGGCUCUCACCACCCGGUCUGAUUGUAUGAGGAGGCUUCAGGCAGAGCUUGGUGAUGGUGAUGAGAGAGAGGGAAUCUUAGAGGAAGAAUGGCAGGAUGUAGAGUCUACAGCCCUAAAGCAAAUUGAACCCAGAAAUGAUUGUCAAGGUCAGCCCACAGCUACCAAACAAUGCCAGACAUGGCGACUGAGAUAUGCAAGUUAUUUCAGGAUCAGUUAACGGAAGAGGUGGGACCACCCUGUAAGUAUUCCCACCCUGAAUGUGGAUGUUGUGUCUGCACUAACCCAAGCACAAGCCGUAGGUGAAAGCACACAAGGAGCUUUCAACAAUGGUUCAGUUAUUAACCCAAGCCCAGCUCCAUCCAACCAAACAAAGCCAUUUCUCUGCCUUGGUGCUACAGGACUGGGCCAGGGGAAAAGGAAUUCAAUGUAUUUUUCACCAAACAAGCCAAUUAAGCUUAAGCACCACACAUGGUGACCAGUUUUCAAGGAUUUAUCCACUAUUGGAGCAGUGACUUAAAUAUUUAUCUUCACUCGGUUCUUUGCGGAUAGCUGCUAAUGUCCAUGAUAAACAGCAUUGUAUCCACAUGAACGAAAUGGUGUGAAAAAUCUAUUUAUCAUAAGAAGCUGCAGAGCUUAACCUUUUAAGCAGGUUAAUUCUCUUCAUCCAAGAACACUCAAAAAACUGCUGAUAUUACCAGGCCUCUCGAUGAUUUUUGAACAGUUUUGGGAAUCUGGAGAUGGCCAUCCUGACUGGAUGCUGGCUAAGAGUUUUCCAAAAGGUCAAGAAGGAUGACCCUGGACACCACAGGCCUGUUUGUCUCACUUCAGUGCCUGGUAAAAUUACUGAGAUUAUUCAGGGAGGCAUUGAGAAACAUGUGGAGGACAAUGCAGUCAUUGGUCACAGGCAGUGUGGCUUCAGGAGGGGAAAGUCCUGCUUCUCAAACCUGAUUGCUUUUGGCUUUUUAUGGCAGCAUAACCCACGGAGUUGGUCAGGAGAGCUGAUGUCGUCUUUUUGAAUUUCAGUAAAGCUUUAGGUCCUGUCUCUGCCAGGAUCCUUCUGGA